AGACCCCUCAGUGACUGAGACUGCAGGCUGAGACCUCGCCUGAGGACGGAGCCAUUGAUGGGCUGGGUCAGGGCCUGGUUCCAGCACCCAGGACUGUGGGUCCCUGUGCUGGCUGUCCUGCUGGGAGCCUGCCAGGCACUCCCCAUCCCAGACUCCAGCCCCCUCCUCCAAUUUGGGGGCCAAGUGAGGCAGCGGUACCUCUACACAGACGAUGCCCAGGAGACAGAGGCCCACCUGGAGAUCAGGGCUGAUGGCACAGUGGUCGGAUCUGCCCACAGGAGUCCCGAGAGCCUCUUGGAGCUGAAAGCCCUAAAGCCAGGGGUCAUUCAAAUCUUGGGAAUCAAGACAUCCAGGUUCCUGUGCCAGCGGCCGGAUGGAAGACUGUACGGAUCGCUCCGCUUCGACCCCGAGGCCUGCAGCUUCCGGGAACUGCUCCUGGAGGAUGGCUACAACGUCUACCAGUCCGAGGCCCGAGGCCUGCCGCUCCGCCUGCCCCACGGCCCCCCGACCGGGGACCUGCCUCCCCGGGGGCCCGCCCGCUUCCUGCCGCUGCCCGGCCUGCCCCCAGCACCCCCGGAGCCGCCAGGGGGCCUGGCCCCUGCCCCGCCCGACGUGGGCUCCUCGGACCCCCUGAGCAUGGUGUGGCCCUCGCAGGGCCGGAGCCCCAGCUACACUUCCUGA